GACCCAUUACCUUCCAAUCCGACAGAGGGGGAUGCUAUGGUAAGGUGAUGUAGCGUUGCUCCCCGCUCCCUUAUGCCGUUUGUGGAAAGGAGAGAGACGGGGGGAACCAUAUAUCCGGGUUUUUGAGAGGCAAAAUCAGCGGAGAUGGAUCCGAAGAAUAUUUAACGUCAGAUUUGAACAAUAUGGAUGUCGCGUGAUGAAUGUGCUAUCGCUCCCGGUGCUGUGAAGACCCAAUCAGUGGACCGAGUAGGAAGGUGGGCCUUCCUCUCCUGCGGCCCCUCCCCUUCCUCACCCUCAGCCAAUCCUAGACUCAAACCACAGUCCAGUUUCCCAUAGAUACUUCCUUACUGCUUUGGUCAUUCAAGAUCACAUAGUUCCAUCAUGGUCAACAAAACCCAGAUUGUUGCACAGUAAGAAAAAGCUGUGAGAGAGAAAAAUCCACUAGGCCUAUUUGUUGGUGUUGUUUUGGAGAAAAUAAGUAAGGUAAUAGAUAAAAUUAGAGAGAGUGAAGAGGAAGCGUUGAACACGACUGGUUGAAAGCUAUUUUUGACAACGAAAUAAAGCAACGAUUUCUCUUUUUUACACUCUGUCAUUUCAGUGAUGAGAUUAACAGGCUCAAACAGAAGCUCGCAUGCAAGUGAGGUAACAGAUUGACAUUCUGUCCACGAAUCACACGUACACGCACUUUGACCUACGGAACCCCUGCACACAGGGCUUUUGCGUAAACAAGCACUCCUAACAUAGACGUUUUCUCCCCGGAGCCCACCACACUCUCUCCAGUCUCAUGAUGAUGUGUGAGGUGAUGCCCACCAUUUCGGAGGACGGGCGCGGAGGAGGCCCCUCCUCUCCUGGGGUUGGGGCUGGGACAGGCCCUGGUGGGGGGGCCUACGGUAGCCGAGGGGAAUCCAGGGGCGGGGGUGACGAGGGGGGCAGCACAGGGAACCUGGAAUCCCUGAUGGUCAACAUGCUGACCGAGAGGGAGAGGCUGUUGGAGAGCCUGAGGGAGACCCAAGACAGCCUUGGGACGGCCCAGCUACGCCUCAGAGAACUGGGCCACGAGAAGGACUCCCUCUCGAGACAGCUGUCCAUCGCCCUCACAGUAUAUGUUCAUGAGUUUGCUGUGCUGACUAAGGAGCUGAAUGUUUGCCGGGAGCAGCUACUGGAGAGGGAAGAGGAGAUUGCUGAGCUCAAGGCGGAGAGAAACAACACACGUUUGUUACUAGAGCACCUGGAGUGUCUUGUGUCUCGUCACGAGCGCAGUCUGAGGAUGACGGUGGUGAAGAGGCAGGCCCAGUCCCCGGCGGGGGUCUCCAGUGAAGUGGAGGUCCUCAAGGCCCUCAAGUCCCUGUUUGAGCACCACAAGGCUUUGGAUGAGAAGGUUCGAGAGCGACUCCGCGUGGCCCUUGAGAGAGUGACCCUUUUGGAGGAUCAACUACAAACAUCCGCCCAAGAGGUGAUCUCUUUAAGAGACCAAAUUAAAAGACGACAACAAGGGUUGGACGGCGGGAAAGAUCGCCUACCCAAUGGACCCUCCUCUGGAUUGGACGACGGUGAGAUCGACAGACAGAGAGAAACGGAGAUAGAGCGGCAGAGAGCCGAGCUCUCCCAGCUGAAAGAAAGAUUGGCCCUUAUGUGUCGACAGGUUGGGGAAAUAGAGGAACAGCUUGCAGCCGCCAGGAGGGAAGUGACGAAGUCGGAGGAGGCCAAUCAGAAGCUCCAGAGGGAUGUGAAGGAGGCUCUGUGCCAAAGGGAGGAUAUGGAGGAGAGGAUCACUACAUUAGAGCGCAGGUACCUCAGUGCUCAGAGGGAAGCAACCUCUCUACAUGACAUCAAAGACAAGCUGGAGAAUGAGCUGGCCAGCAAGGAGUCACUGCACAGACAGAGUGAGGAGAAGAACAGGCAGCUCCAGGAGCGUCUGGAUGACGCCAAGCAGAAGCUCCAGCAGACCCUGCAGAGGGCCGAGACACUGCCUGAGAUCGAGGCCCAGCUCGCCCAGAGAGUGGCUGCCCUCAACAAGGCAGAGGAGCGCCAUGGGAACUUUGAGGAGCGACUACGACAGAUGGAGGCACAACUUGAAGAGAAAAAUCAGGCAUUGCAGAGGGCAAGGCAGAGAGAGAAAAUGAAUGACGAACACAACAAACGCCUCUCGGAUACGGUGGACAAGCUACUCUCUGAGUCCAACGAGAGACUGCAGCUUCACCUCAAAGAGAGAAUGGCUGCCCUCGAGGAGAAGAAUUCCCUGUCAGAGGAGCUAGCAAACAUGAAGAAAAUCCAAGAUGAUCUUCUAGCAAACAAGGACCAGCUCAUAGCUGAGCUGGAGAGGAUUCAGCUGGAGCUGGAUCAACUGAGGGGCAGGCCUGGCUCUUCCUCUUCCAGGUUAGCCACAAUGGAGCUUCAAGGGACGAGCAACGUGAGCUCACUUCCCUCCACCCUUUUUCGAAGAUCUCUUCCAGGGAGUGCCUCAGAGCUCCGUUACCCCCAGGGUGGUGGCUCCCUCCCAGCCGGCUACGGCAGCUCCUCCAGUGGCGUGGUGGUCCGGAGGGCACACCGCGGCCGAUGGGCUCCCCCCAGGGAUGACAGCAACAAGUAUGGAGAGUGGGACAGUGGCAACAUGCUGGGUCCCGGGUUCGAGGGGGGAGUCGAGGGGGGCUGCUCAGAUGACGAGGACGACAGGGAGACCCUGUUUGGCUCGGAGUUGCUCUCGCCCAGCGGACAGACGGACGUACAGACCCUUGCCAUCAUGCUGCAGGAGCAACUGGAGGCCAUCAACAAGGAGAUCAAGCUGAUCCAGGAGGAGAAGGAGAGCACUGAGCUGAGGGCGGAGGAAAUUGAGAGCCGGGUGAGCAGCGUGGCCCUGGACUCCUCUCCUCUCCCCCCGUCCUCACUGGGUGGGGGCAGGGACAGCGUGGGCAGGGGCUACAUGACCCCCUCCCUCACCUCCUCCACCCUUGCCUCCCCUUCACCCCCCAGCUCUGGACAUUCCACCCCCCGACUGCCACAUUCCCCUGCCAGAGAAUCAGACAGACAGAACAGCAAAGAGGGCGACGACUGCCGGGCGCUAGCCUUGAUUGACUCCACCCCUCCUCCGAUUCCUCGUGCUCUGCGAUUGGAUAGAAUGACUCACACACACCCAGGGGCUGGGCUGGAUGAUCACCGCGAAUUCCGCAGUAGUCAGGACUCUCCACAAAGCCAGCAGAGGAGCAUCAAGUCCUCCAUUGGACGCCUGUUUGGGAAGAAAGAGAAGGGGAGGAUCGGAGGACCUGGGAGUCAGUCUGCCUCUCUGGCCUCCACACCUUCUGAUGACCUGGGCUCAGCUGACCCCCUGGGCCUGGCCAAGAUGGGAACUGGCACCGUGGAGAAAGAUCGCCGCAGCAAGAAGAAGCACGACCUGCUAGAAGAAGCUUGUCGCCAGGGUCUUCCCUUCGCUUCAUGGGAUGGUCCCACGGUGGUUACAUGGCUUGAGUUGUGGGUGGGCAUGCCCGCCUGGUAUGUGGCAGCAUGUCGUGCCAAUGUGAAGAGCGGUGCCAUCAUGGCCAACCUGUCGGACACAGAGAUCCAGCGGGAGAUUGGCAUCAGUAACCCCCUGCACCGCCUCAAACUGCGCCUGGCCAUCCAGGAGAUGGUGUCCCUCACCAGCCCCUCGGCACCGGCCAGCACACGCUCCUCGACCAGUGAUAUAUGGAUGACUCAUGCCGAAAUGGAGUCACUGACCGCUGCCAUAAAACCAGAAGUGAAGGARUUCAGCUGGGACCAGAUCCUUGCCUAUGGGGACAUGAACCAUGAGUGGGUAGGGAAUGAGUGGCUGCCCAGCCUGGGUCUGCCCCAGUACCGCUCCUACUUCAUGGAGUCCCUGGUGGACGCUCGCAUGCUGGACCACCUCACCAAGAAGGAGCUUAGGGGACAGCUCAAAAUGGUGGACAGCUUCCACAGGGUAAGUCUGCAUUAUGGCAUCAUGUGCUUGAAGCGUUUGAACUACGACAGGAAGGAGCUUGAAAGGAGGAGGGAUGAGAGCCAACAUCAGAACCAAGAUGUGAUGGUAUGGUCCAAUGAGCGAGUGAUGUGUUGGGUCCAGGCCAUUGGGCUAAAGGAGUUUGCAGAUAACCUCACAGAGAGUGGGGUACAYGGGGCCCUCCUAGCCCUGGACGACACGUUUGACUACACUGACCUUGCCCUGCUCCUCCAGAUACCCAAUCAGAACACACAGGCGAGGCAGAUGCUGGAGAAGGAGUACAAUGCCCUCAUCUCCAUGGGAACUGAGAGAAGACCAGAUGAGGACGGCACUAAGACGUUCACACGCUCRCCCUCGUGGAGGAAGAUGUUCAGAGAGAAGGACCUCCGGGGCGUGACCUCUGACUCCUCAGAAACAUUACCCGCCAACUUCCGUGCCUCCGCCAUCUCCACRCCCUCCGUCACCCUGAGGAAAGUCCAGAGUGAAGUGAACUCUGGGCCCAGGGGUGAGUCGGGGUCAGUGAGAACAUAUUCCUGCUAGAGAUAAGCACAUCAGGUGAGAAAAAUACUUAAUUGCCAAAGAAUAUCAUGAACGUAUUCAAGGUUGCAAAGUAGUCAGAGAUAAUUCCUUAGCGCCUUGCCUCGACAAAGCAUCAACUUCUAAAAAAUCGGAAUGGUUUAUUGUCACCUUCUGUAAGAUUGUCUGAAUUUCAGUCACCCAAGCAUGUCAUCCAAGUACAUUUUGCUAAUUUCAGUAAUCUCAUGCGUCCAAACAGACUGUAUUUCAGUCAUUCAUAUCAGUUAUCGAAACUCAUUUAGCUCAUUUCAGUGUUUUCAGUCAUCCAAAAAACAAUUCAGUAAUUUCAGUAACCUUUCAUCCAAACAUAUCUCAGUCCUUUCAGUAAUCUCAGUUUUCCAAACACAUUUCAGACAAGAACCGACCCAUACUAAAAUUGAGUUUUACUUUAUGGUUGCUUCAUUAUUUAUCUAUCCUGUCUUUGUUUUAGAGCCCCCCCCCACCCAAAAAAACGUUUUUGAAGAAAAAAGAUGAAGAUCAUCAACAAAAUGGAGAAUAAGAACCAAACAAAAAAGAAUUCCACUGGAAUCCUUGAAGAAACAAGGACAAUGUAAGAGAAUGAAAAGAUACUAAAAUAGAGUGAAUGUCUGUCCAUUUCUCUCUCUCUCUCUCUCCUCUCUCUCUCUCUCUCUCUCUCUCUCUCUCUCUCCUCGUCUC